AGGAAGCCCUUUCCCCGCUCCCGCCUGGCCCCUCUCGCUUCCACUGUCCACCCACCCCUACCCUGCUCUAGGAAUUUUUGUUUCUUUUUUUCUGCCUUGAUAACUGUCGGGCUGCCAGGCCGUGCCGCAGCGUGCAACAUGCAAAUGGUGGGAACAUGGUUUGCCGCGAUCAGCGGCUCUGGAGGCUGAUUGCCCAGAUGCUGACGAACCCACUUAUUAAUCCGGCGAGCUGCCCUGAUGAUUCUUGUUGGCCGUGGUCGGGUAGCUGAAAUGGGGCGUUGGGCGAGAGAUAUCGACCUGCCCAUGCAGGUAGCUUAUUUUUACCUGCCCAAGGUCUACUUAGUUAAACGGACAGACCGGCCUUAAUAAGGGGCUCUGUGCCCGCUUGCCACCCCGAACCUGCCGUGCUUCUCUUAUGUCCGUCUCUGGCCGUCGCGAAUUAUUUUGAUACAACACGGCUUUUUUUCGCCCGAGCGAUCAGCCUCUAUUGCAAGUGAAUUUCACCGUUCCUGGGCCGGCAAGGCGCUUGCAGCAAAGAAGCAUCCGACUUUCUCCGCUGCGACCUUACCUGACCCCUAUCUAUAAGUGGGCGCUGCGCAGCAUUUCGGAUGAGGCUAGUAGGGAUACUCGUGCGACAACCCGACAGCCCCUGAGUGCGAACAAAGAGCACAACCACAAACAUGGCGACGUCUCUACCCCUACCCUUCAAGGCCCCAACCCCCGUCACGCCUCCGCCAGAGUUACAAAUGUUCUCGAGGGGGGCUUCUUCACCAAGUCUGCUGUCAUUCAACCCGGCAGUCCACCGUCAUCCAACAACACCGCCAAUUCCUAACUCGACUCUGGCUCGAGAAGGUCCACCACUACCACGCGAAGCGUCGCAGCCGUCAUUGAAUCCACCAGCAAGCAAUCCGGCCGCAUUUCCCACCACCGCCGCCACGAGGCCGCCCAACCCGGAGAACAUCGGCAACGGCAACGGCAACGGCAACGUCAGCAGCAGCAGCAACAACACCACCAAACACAGCCAAGAUCAACACCAGUAUCACUACCACUACCAGCAGUACCACGGCGCCAACCCGCGCCCACAACAGGGGCCGUUGCCAUUUCCGCCCAGCAGCGACCCGCACUACCUCGCCAUGGCCGCCCGGAUCGCGAGCUACUACCAGCAGCGGUGCCGGGAGUGGGCGAGCGAGCAGGAGCGGCGGCGGCAGACGAGCAUGCAGGCGGCGACGCUGGUGGUGGCGUGGUACAUGCGCGACCGGGUGCUGCGACGGCGGCGGAGGAGGAGAAGGGCGUUCCGGCGGGCGCUGCGGGCGAGAAGCGUGGCGGCGGGCGGCCCCGCGGGACGGGCAGCCCGCGGCGAGCGGCUCCGGCGGUGGCUGCUGGGCCUGCCUCCGCCCCCGACCGCUCCCCUGACCGGGUCCCCUGCCGGCUCUGCUGCUGCUGCUGGCGGCCUCGUGGGGGACCAGCAGAGGAGGACGCCGCCGGCGGACCGGGACGAGGCCGAGUUCGACAUCGACCGCGAUGUUCCCACGGACGGGGACGCGCAGCUGCUCGAGACGACCAAGAACAUCAUCAACAGCCAACUGGCGAGGCUGGACGUGCCUUUGCUGGGCACGGUGUCGUUUGACGACAGUGAGAGUGAGACCGAGGAUGAGGCGUUCAUGGAUUACGAAGACCAUGAAUGUGAGGACGGGGACGACGAAGUGCAGAACGAGGAGGCGGUAGAGGAGGAGGAAGAAGAAGAGGAGGAUGACGACGAAGAGUAUACGGAAUAUGAUGAGGAUGAUGACGAAGGUGUUAAGGAUGAGCGUGGAGAGGAUGGAGAGGGCAACGACGCGGAUAAGGAAGAGGUUGGUAAGGUCGAAGUUCAGCGUGGUGGUGGGGGUGUCAAAAGGAAGGACCUUGCCUCUGCUUCUAAAGACGUCCAGCUAGGGACGACAGCCAUUGGGAGUCGCAAGCGUCCUCACAGCAUGAUUUCAUGAUGCGACGGUCCAGACGGGGAAAGGCCGGUUGUUUUUCUUCUUUCUCUUCUCUUUUCUCCCCCCUUUCUUUUCACUCUCUCUUCCUUCUGGUUGGCAGCUUCACAGGUUUUUUUUCCUCUACCACAAUUUCGACGGGAGAUAGCAUCGAGUUUAAUCAUGGAUUAGCGUC